GUGCCGUCUCUGUACGCAUACGCUGCCCGGCAGCGCCCGACUGCCGCAGCUGGUCUGUUAAGCACAUUGUACCAAACGCGGCUACACGCAGCACCCAUAUGGCAGAUCUCCAGCGGGUAUGGACGACACGCCGGAUAAACAUCGUUGGUAGCUUAGAUGACGACAAACUAUUGUCUUUGAUUGAUCGCCUCGUCACGUUAGAAUCGCAGGAUCCAGAAGCACCCAUCCAAUUGCUUCUCAUCAACGCCCAUAAUGAUAUUAAGUUCGGACACGCGUGCGCCGUCAUUGACGUGAUGGCCUCCAUCACGCCGCCGGUGUACACUUCCGCGCUCGGUUAUUGCGAGUCGGCCGCCGUACUGAUCCUCGCAGGGGGCGAGCCUGGUCACCGCGUGGUCCAUCCGAGCACACUCCUCUUCCUUGACAAAGCCACUCUAGAAGAUCACGAGGUAACUGCCGGAUAUGAAACCAAAUGUGGUGAGCCUUUGUCCGACCUGCUGGCCAAGUUGACGCACCAGACGAAGGCAAAGGUGCACAAGGACCUGAUGCGCGAUAAGUACAUGUCCCCCGCCGAAGCGGUCGACUACGGCCUCGCCGACAUUGUGCCGGCGCCGAAGCAAACCCCGACGAAAUAG